AUGGAUGCACUGUCGAAGCUCAAAGCCCUACAAGGUCAUGCAUUUGAGGGCGAAAUGAGCCGCAUGGAAAAGGGCUCGGUUUACAUUGUGAACCAGAGGCACGAGAUCCUCCCAAAUGACUUUGGUACUGCACAAGGAUCAACAGCUGUUGAGCCACCGGUGCCCACACUCUCAUUAGAGAAGCCCAAAGAGAAAAAAGGGAAACGAGGAAAGGUUGGAUUUCAUCAACCCUCUAAUGAGUUGGCACUAGAACCAUCCAGGGUACCAGUCACCAUGGCCCAGGAGGCGGGGGAAUGUGAUAGCCUACCGUCGCUCACCAAUAGUAUCGCUAGUCCCUCAACACACUCGGUGGUGUAUCGCAAGAACAAUUCGCAAACUCCUGGAAUAGCUUCAGGAGGUGUACAGCGAGCUAAGCUAGCUGAAGGUGCAACGUCAACUGGUAUACCCACAACAGGUUUAACACUAGAGCCCACUGCACUCCCCUUGGCAACCGACGGCAUCGCGCCAACACCUUACAAGGCAUCAAUAGGAACGCCGUAUGGCUAUGACAUAAACCUCUCCAUUGCAAGCAACUACAAGCAGAUAUUAGAUAUAAAAGAUGAUAUGAUUCACACAGUACUGAAGAAAAUCAAGAACCACUUUGUGGACCUGGACGUAAGGAAGGUCCAAGCAACUGUCUUUAUCAAUAGCGUCAAUUCUCAGGUGAAUGACUACCAUAAGGCGGCGUUUGGGCCGGAUUUAAUAUCUUCGUGGCCUCACUACUUGUGGAUUGCACUUUGGGGCAUUCUUAUAGGAACCGCAAUAACCUUACUGAUUGUCUUAGGUGGAAUGAAGAUAGCGUUUCAAGUGAUGACUGUCCUAUUUUACAUAUUCAUUUCCUUAGAAUAUAUUCUGAUGUUCGUUGCUAUGAAACUAGGUCAAUAUGCGCCUCUGCCAAAGCUUAACGAAGAGGAUAAUGCAAGCGAUCAGAUAACUCCUGGAAAGAUAGCAUUGAUCAUUCCGCUUGGCUGGGGUAUCAAGGGACUAACACAGGAACAAAAGGUAAGGAAAAGGGCUGGAAAACUGGAAGUUCUCACCAAUACGCUUCAGGGCGCCUUGAAUGUUUUCCACCCAACGGAUGUCUUUGUAAUCCAUAACUCAUCAGACCAGGAACUUCCAGAUAGUGUUGUGAUGGAGUGCUGCGAAGGACGCGCAGUCUACGUGCCCCUAGCCAUCGGGAGCAAAUCUUGCUCUGCAUAUUAUGGCUCUAUCCUUAGCUCCUGGCUUGGAUUUGAGUAUUGCAUUGUUAUGGACGACGACACCGUCUUGCCCAGAGAAUUGGCUCCCGUGCUUUCCGGAGAACUAACAUGUGAUGCAUACGCUAUUGCAAUCGCAGCAACUUACAAUGAAACGGGGCCAGGGGGACAGCCAACCAACUUAAGCAAAACAAGCAAAAUGAUAGUUGGCCUUCAAGAUAUCGAGUACAAGUUGUCAGAUCUGUCGAAGCUUACGCAAUACAACUUCACCCACUCAUCGUCGGUCCUUUCUCCACAUGGGGCAAUUAACCUCUGGAAAGCAUCCCUAUUGCACCAUAUUAUGGCAGAGCACAAUGGAAUCUUUCAUGGCGAGGACUAUCAAAUGGGAUUGGCCAUGCGCAAGCUAUUUAGUACCAAACGCUGCGGAUUUAUUUCAAGUUGUAUAGUGGCCACGGUUGCUCCAACCACAUGGAAGGAUCUGUAUUAUCAGCGCUUUACAUCGUGGGAUCUUGCAGCACAGCAAUUUCUUUGGGGAGGCUUCUGCGCCAGUCCCAAAAGCGGGUUUUAUGGGCAAGUGCUCUGCUGUCUUCCAUGCACUGUGGACAACUUGUAUCUCCGAAUAGUUACACUUGAAGAUGUCUGGACGGUACUCCAAGACUACUUCCGCUAUCCUCUUUUAGUCUAUCACAUUGUUCUAUCCAUUGUUAUUAGGCAAUUUAACGUAGUGGUAUUUCUGAUGUACAUACUUGUGUUUGUCGCACAGUGGAUAAUAGCAGCGUCACUAGAGUACAUAAAGUUUAAGGAACGACCGGACCUACAGGUGAGAAAAGAGUCUAGAUUAGUAGCCGUCCUUAUGUUCCCUGUUUAUCGAUUUCUAUUUAGCUUUGUUCGUGUCAAUGCCCUUUUCCGCUUCUUCUUUAAGUUUGAAUCUAUCAAGAGGGCUGCAAUCAGCAUAAAGGAAAUGAACUUACCUGUUCCUAAGCGUAUCCCUCUCCUCUACCCUGGGCUAGAGAAGGCAUCCAGUGAUGGUGUCGAGAUUGUCGGAAGCGCCGUUAUUCGCAAUAGGAAAGGGGUUGACGAAGGCUUGGUCCGGGAAAUUCUCCAGAUAGCCCUAAAGGAACAAAAGACACCUCGUUCGCGAGAAUUCCUGGAGGCUGUUCAUUCAAAAGGCGGAGGCAUAGGUACGGUGUCAUCAAUACGUAGCGGACGUCUAAGUAAGACUGCGACCAGCGAGCUUCACUUAAAGCAGGCUAGCAGGCUUAACCUUACUCGACAGAUCGGAGGCCCUCAACAAGAUGGCUCGUACACCCCGUCAUGUGCUCGCUCGGCUGCGGAGUAUAUAAAGCGAUUCCCUGCGCGCACACCCCUCUCCGCUCAGCACUCGAUGGUGCAAAGCAACCAAGGAUCAAGCCGGCUGCAAUCCGCCCUGGUAGAGGCAGGAGAGCCUACGGAACGAUGGAUAGGGUGGUGA